UUCUUUUAUUUUUUUUUCUUUUUUAGUCUUUUUCCUGGUAAAUUCAAUACCCAAACAAGUUGCCGGGAAAAUCAUUCCAGUCCAAUUAACUCUUUUUGUAUAUUCCCAGAAGUCAAAGGACAGCAAGCUGGUACAUGAUUAGACGAACCCAUCUGCAUGAGAAGAAUUGUCUACUGUCUAUUGAUCUAAACCAGUCCAAUUGGCACUGAAACUCGAAUUUCUUGGGAAACAAACAGAAAACUGUCGGAAAAUUUCCUUGAUGCAUCAAUAAGUGAAUGCUAAAGGUUGACCCUUCUGGAUUAGAACUCUGCCAAUUCCCACUCCACAAGCAUCACACUCUACCACAAAGAGUUCAAGGAAAUCUGAUAGAGCAAGGACAGGAGUAGACAUCAUAGCGUCCUUCAAUUUGACAAAGGCAGCUUCAGCAUCUGGCCCCCAAUUAAACGCAUCCUUUCGCGACAAGGUUGUUAAAGACUCUGAGAUUCUUGAUGGCUGAAACAAUAGCUAUAGUAGGAGCAGUUUCCGGUGCGGUAGGGGCAGCAGCAGGAGUGGUGCAAGCUGCUUCUCAAGCUAAGCCGAUAUUUUGGGAUCCACCCAUGGACGAAGUGGAGGAGAUUCAUGAUGCUUUAAAUGCAGCAGUACGUGCACUCAGUUCUAUAAGGAAGGAUUUCAUGAAUGAAGUUGAGAGAAACAAGAUGAAGGCACCAUCUGAAACUUACAUGGAAUGGAUCAACAGGGCAGUGGAGAUUGAGAAACAAGUGAAAUUUUCAGUAGAUGAAUAUGGAAAACAUAGCAAAGAAGAGUCAUCUUUUUGGUUUCCUUCGUCCUCAUAUUUCAAAGAGGAGAUGAUAAAGAUGUACAAGAAAGUUACCAAUCUUCUAAAUGAGGGCAACCAAAUCAGAGAUAAAAUUCUGGUUGAUCAACCACCAGAAACUGUAUUGAAGAGGAGGGGACCAGAUAUCAACAAAUUCGAAACACUUCGAAAACCACUAGAGCAGAUACUGGAUUUGCUGGAAAAAGACAAUGUUAAGGGGAUCAGAAUCCACGGAACAGUGGGGAUUGGGAAAACAACCAUAAUGCUCAACUUGAAUAACCAUGAACAAGUUGCCAAAAAGUUUGACAUAGUCAUAUGGCUCACAGUAUCAAAAGAGGGGAGUAAGAAAAAUUUGAGCCGGGAGCAUCUGCAACAGGCUAUUGUGCAAAGAAUGGAAAUAAAGAUGGAAGGUGCUAGCAAUGCUGACAAAGUUGCCCGAAGAAUAUUCAAGGAGUUGAAGGGCAAGAAGUACUUGCUACUUUUGGAUGAUGUCAAGGAAGAUCUCAAUUUAAAUGAAAUUGGGAUUCCUGAAAGCAACAAUGGCUGCAAGAUAGUAUUAACAACUAGGCUGCGUCAAGUUUGUUCCUCAAUGGUGGAUAGGGUGAUUAAGGUGACAUAUUUAUCUCUAGAUGAGGCAUGGAAGAUGUUUCAAGAUGUUUUAGGAAGCCCAAAACUUAUUGCAAAUCAAAAAAUUCGGAAACUUGCUUGGCGAGUUUGUAAAGAGUGCAGUGGACUUCCACUCUUGAUAGAGAAAGUAGCAAAUACUUUCAGAUUGAAAAACACCGAGUACCUUUGGAGUGAUGGAUUGGAUAGUUGGAGGAUGUGGCCUGAAAAAGAAUGUCAAGGCAUUAGGGAAAUGUAUAAAUUGUUGAAAUUUUGUUAUGAUGACUUGGACGAUGACACGUAUAAGAAAUGCUUUCUUUAUGGUGCAUUAUAUCCUGAAGAUAGUGACAUCAACACAGAUUAUUUGUUGGAGUGUUGGGCAGCUGAAGAUCUCCUUGGCAAUGAUGAUUGUGCAACGAAGGAGUCCAUCAUGAUUGGACAUUUAAUAUUGAGCCGCCUUAAGAAUGUGUCAUUACUUGAGGAAGGUAAGAAUGAUAACCGUGUUACAAUGCACAAAUUCAUCCGACAAGUAGCCUUAUAUAUAUCAGAAGAUGAACCUGAUUGUAAAUAUCUAGUGAAAACGAGCAAAGCAUUACGACGGCCCCCAGAUGAAAAAUCUUGGAGUGAGAAGAAAAGGAUCUCAUUGGGUGACAAUAAGUUGGAUUGGUUACCAGAUUCCCCCAAUUGUAGUUUGCUUUCCAGUCUCUUCCUGCAAAAGAAUUCGGCUCUUGACAUGAUCCCUGCAUUAUUCUUUGAGCAUAUGAAAAAUCUUAGAGUUUUGGAUUUAUCUGACACAGGAAUCAAGUUGUUACCAUCAUCUCUUUCAAUCUUGAUCCGACUCAAGAUCCUUUAUCUAAAUAAUUGCAAACAUUUGGUGGAGCUCCCUUCUGACAUUAUAGAGCUUGUACAUCUUGAAGCACUUGAUAUUCAGGGGAGUGGAGUCGAUAAUAUACCACCUCAUAUUGAGAAGUUGAUCUGCUUAAAGCGUUUGCGAGCAUCAUUUGCCACCAAGUCUGGAAAUGAAAAUGCCUCCCAAGAGGUACAUUUUAACUAUAAUAUAAUUUCAAAGCUUUCUAAAUUGGAAGAAUUGGUCAUUGAUGUGAAAUCUCCGGAGCAAUGGUCUAUUGCGGUGGUAGAGAAUAUCAUAAAAGAAGUGGCCGCAUUGCAAGAACUAAAGUCUCUGAAGUUUUCCUUUUCUGAUAAGGUUGUAGACGUCAUUGAGGUUGCACCUAUGACUCUUCGUAUCAGCGUUCCUAAAGCUACAAUUCUCCUAAGUUUUAUCGAAAGUAGUUCAUGGAAAGAUGUCCAGAGCAUUAGCUCAUUUGAAUUUUACAUUGGUUGCCAAAACUCAGAACCUCCUCAAAUUCCCGACUUUUUUAGAUAUGAUAAGUAUGUCAAAUACUCCAAUAGUGUGGGUAGCAAUUCUCCAAUUCUCAGAGUCCUUGCUGAAGCUGAUGGAUUUGAAUUAGUGAACCACAAAGACAUCAAGCAGCUGUCCGACCUUGGAAUUGCAAGCAUGAACAAGGUCCAAGGUUGUCUAAUUGAAAGUUGUGAUGAAAUUGAAACCAUAGUGGAUGCAGUGGACAGUGCAGUAUUGCCAAACUUAGAGCACUUGUACAUAAAGAAUCUACCAAAGCUGGAAAGCAUUUGUAAGGGCCCAAUGCAACCUGGAAGCCUAACUAAAUUAACAACUCUACAUCUGACUAGUUGUCAAAUGAUGGUCAAGAUUUUUCCUCCAGGUGUGAUUCAACAACUUAAUGAAAUCCAGUAUUUGAAAAUUGAAAAGUGCCAAGAAAUUGAAGAAAUAAUUGCAGAAUCUGACGCUGCUGGAAAUCUGAAUGUACUGCCAAAGCUGAAGGAGCUGAUUCUCCUUGACAUGAAAAAAUUGAGUGGUGUUUGCACAAUUGAGUCACUGGAGUGGGGAUCCUUGGAGAAGGUUGAGAUUUUUAAGUGUCCUGUUUUGCUUGUAUUACCUUUCAACAAAGAUAAUGCAGCAAAGCUGGAAACUAUUGAAGCAGAGAAACAAUGGUGGGAAGCAUUUCCAUGUGGUGAGGUCAAAGAACGGCUUAGAAAAUUUUGUACCCUCAGAAGAUGGUCAUAUGAGCUCUUGAAAUUCAGCAGCCCUAUCUCUUUUGCCAAAAUAGUUGAGUAGUCCCACUGGCAUGGAGCUUUCAAGUUACUUUGGAUGUGAUGGUGAUGGUGAUGGUGAUGGUGAUGGUGAUGAUGAUGAUGAUGAUGAUGAUGGUGAUGGUGAUGUUGUUGUUGUUGAGUGCUUGUUUUGCAUGCAUGUGUGUUUGUUCCUUCUUGUUUGUCCUUGUCUAUGCUGCAGCAAUUUUACAUGUAUGUAUUCAUAUAUGAAAACAGCAGACCUGGUUUCUGUUUUAUAUGGUGUGCUACAGAACAAGACUGAUCAGCUGGCCAUGUAUGUUAUCUUUUACUUAGCACACUUCUUUGUGUUCUGUUUUAGCCGUUGAUUGAUAUUCUAAUUAUGUUCUCAUCGCU